GUCGUGUGUCCGGGUUGGUCCUUCUGUUUACGUUGGUCCGAGCCGUCGGCAGUCAGACCCUGCACCACCAUGUCCAAGCCUUUGUCCGAUCACGAAAGGAGGAAACAGAUUUCCGUGCGAGGCCUGGCCGGGGUGGAGAAUGUGGCCGACCUGAAGCAGAACUUCAACAGGCACCUGCACUUCACGCUGGUCAAAGACAGAAAUGUGGCCACCAGGCGGGAUUACUACUUUGCCCUGGCUCACACUGUGCGGGACCAUUUGAUUGGCAGGUGGAUCAGGACCCAGCAGCACUACUAUGAGAAGGACCCCAAACGUGUGUACUACAUCUCCCUGGAGUUCUACAUGGGCCGCACUCUCCAGAACACCAUGGUGAACCUCGCCCUGGAGAACGCCUGCGACGAGGCCACCUACCAGUUGGGCCUGGACAUGGAGGAACUGGAAGAUAUGGAGGAAGACGCCGGCUUGGGCAACGGAGGCCUCGGUCGCCUUGCAGCCUGCUUCCUGGACUCCAUGGCUUCUUUGGGACUGGCAGCUUAUGGUUACGGAAUUCGCUACGAAUUUGGCAUCUUCAACCAGAAAAUUGUCAACGGCUGGCAGGUGGAGGAGGCGGACGAUUGGCUCCGCUACGGGAACCCCUGGGAGAAGGCUCGCCCCGAGUACAUGCGCCCGGUCCACUUCUACGGGAGAACCGAGCACCACCCUGAUGGUGUCAAAUGGGUCGACACUCAGGUCGUCCUGGCUCUGCCUUAUGACACUCCGGUCCCUGGAUACAGAAACAACGUUGUCAACACCAUGAGGCUGUGGUCUGCCAAGGCCCCUUGCGAGUUCAACCUUAAAGACUUCAACGUCGGUGGCUACAUUCAGGCCGUCUUGGACAGGAACCUGGCUGAGAACAUCUCCCGCGUGCUGUAUCCCAACGACAACUUCUUUGAGGGAAAGGAGCUCCGUCUGAAGCAGGAAUACUUUGUGGUGUCUGCCACCCUGCAAGACAUCAUCCGUCGUUUCAAGGUCUCCAAGUUCGGCUCCAGGGAGAUCGCUCGCACUGAUUUUAGCAAACUGCCUGACAAGGUGGCCAUCCAGCUGAACGACACUCACCCCGCCAUGGCGAUUCCUGAGCUGAUGAGAGUCCUGGUGGAUCAGGAGAAGCUGGAGUGGGACAUGGCCUGGGACAUCUGCGUGCGCACCUGCGCCUACACGAACCACACCGUGCUGCCCGAAGCCCUGGAGCGUUGGCCUGUGGAUCUGUUCGCUCAUCUGCUGCCCAGACACCUCGAAAUUGUUUACGAGAUCAACCGACGCCAUCUGGAGAGAGUGGCUGCCAAGUAUCCCGGCGAUAAUGACCGUCUGCGCCGCAUGUCGCUCAUCGAGGAAGGAGGGCAGAAGCGCAUCAACAUGGCCCACUUGUGCAUCGUCGGCUCCCAUGCCGUCAACGGCGUCGCCCAGAUUCACUCCGACAUCCUUAAGGCAACUAUAUUCAAGGACUUCUUCGAAAUGGAGCCACAUAAGUUUCAGAACAAGACGAACGGCAUCACUCCGCGCCGCUGGCUGGUGAUGUGCAACCCUGGACUCGCUGAGGUCAUCGCUGAGAGAAUCGGGGAGGAGUUCAUCCGUGACCUGGACCAGCUGCAGCGUCUGCGCCAGUUUGUCGACGACGAGGCUUUCAUCCGCGACGUCGCUAAAGUCAAGCAGGAGAACAAGCUGAAGUUCUCUGUCCACCUGGAGGAGCAUUACAAGGUGAAGAUCAACCCAAACUCCAUGUUUGACGUUCAAGUCAAGAGAAUCCACGAGUACAAGAGACAGCUGCUGAACUGCCUGCACAUCAUCACCUACUACAACCGCAUCAGGAAGGAGCCGAACAAGCAGUGGACUCCAAGGACAGUGAUGAUCGGAGGAAAGGCUGCUCCUGGAUACCACACCGCCAAGAUGAUCAUCCGCCUGAUCACGGCGAUCGGCGACGUGGUCAACAACGACCCUGUGGUGGGAGACCGCCUCAAAGUCAUCUUCCUAGAGAACUACAGAGUCACCCUGGCGGAGAAAGCCAUCCCAGCAGCCGACCUGUCGGAGCAGAUCUCCACUGCCGGCACUGAAGCCUCAGGCACCGGCAACAUGAAGUUCAUGUUGAACGGCGCUCUGACUAUCGGAACCAUGGACGGCGCCAACGUGGAGAUGGCAGAGGAGGCUGGCGAGGGCAACCUCUUCAUCUUCGGCAUGAGGGUGGAUGAUGUCGACGCGCUGGACAAGAGAGGAUACCACGCUGAAGAGUACUACAACCGCCUGCCUGAGCUCAAGCAGGCCAUCGACCAGAUCGCCGGAGGCUUCUUCAGCCCCAAGCAGCCUGACAUGUUUAAGGAAAUAGUCAACCUGCUCAUGCACCACGACAGGUUUAAGGUCUUCGCCGACUACGAGGAUUAUAUCAAAUGUCAGGAAGGGGUCAACGAACUCUACAAGGACCCUAAAGAAUGGACCAAGAAGGUGAUCUACAACAUCGCCGGCUGUGGCAAGUUCUCCAGCGACCGCACCAUCGCUCAGUACGCUCGAGAGAUCUGGGGUAUGGAGCCCACUCUGGAGAGACUCCCGGCCCCCGAUGAAAAGCCCUAGACGCUCGACGUGAAGCCCCAUGUCCUGACUUUUCACCCACUUGCAACACAUCACACACGUUUUUUUUUUUUUUUGCAGAACCAACGUGAGGACUGAUGUUUACGGUUCAAGUUCUUGGCUGAACCGCGGCCUUUCACCAAAAAACCAAGCGCGUCCCACAGCGGCGCAGCUGUUCCAACAACUGACACGUGACGCGGCAGCGCCACUUUAAAAAGUAACAGCGGGUCGUUCUUUAGCUAAAUGAACACAUUUGGACCAUGAAAACGGCGAUAAUAAAACAAGCUCAUGUUUGCGGAAGCACAAGAGAACAGUUUCAACUCAGAAAUGAUCAACCCGCCUCUGUUAUUCUUUAAAGUCGACGCUGUGCCUUGUGCUCUGUCUUAAUAACACGGUCCUCUCAGCUCCAUGAUGUUCAGGUGGAGAUCCACACCAUCAGAUCCAGGUGAAUUUGUGAUUGUUUUUGUAUAAACUCAGACCUACAGGGAUUAAAUUCU